ACUUUUACGUCAAUGCCAGACUAAGUGCGGCAGACAACGGAUGCUGGAGUUUAAAUUUUGAACUCGGAGAUAAUUCAACACAUUUUCCUUUUAAAACCUCUCUUUUCAUACAGGUUUGAACAGCUUUAUACCAGUGCUUAACGCACUAUGUGAGUGUUACCAGGACUUACUAUAAACAAGUUGUACUGAAAGAGUGACAGAGAGUAUGAUACGAACACAAAUGUGCCACCAAGGUAAGUUUUCAAACACACACCAUGUUUAUUUUACCUCUAAAAGUUAGUUAAAGUGAAACAAACUAGUCCUUUUGAUCAGGUCUGGAAAUAUAGAGGCGUUUUGGUCCAGAUGUUACCUUUAGCAGAACUCCGGUUCAGUAAGAGUAAGGAGACGGUGUUCAUAAAAAAGGAGACUUUGGUGUUUUUGGAUUCUUCAAAAACGAUAUUUGAUUUAAAAUAAUAGAGAUUUUGUAUCCGAGACAUCUAUCUUUAUGAUAAUUAUGUUCUUAUUUCUGAAUUAAUGGUAGUAAUACCUUUCAGAACAGGACAGGAACAACAAAACACUGAAAAAGUUUUAUGAUGUGAGAAGAGACCCUGACCUGCAGUGGAGCUGAAAUCCUGUAUCAGGAAAAGACCAAACAACAUUUCACCUCACAAAGUCCAGAAACUGGUCUCCUAGGUUCUGAAACGAUUUUAGAGCUUUGUGAAAGGUAAAGAUGCACAGAAAUAGUAAACCUAACUUAUUUCAAAUGUGUGGCUCGGAUUAAUUUUAAAUUCAACAAUAUUUUUAUUAGUUUUAUACAGAUAUACACAGAAGACGCAUUACAAACAUCCCCUUUCCCUCAAAACCCCAUCUACAGCUGGAUAUUUCUAUUACUUUGUUUAAAUAACAAAUUGUGGAGCUAUAACAAAAAAUAGAAAAUAAAUAAAUAAGUACAUAAAAAAAAAACAAGUAAGUUCUGGAAUUCAGGUUUUAUAGAUCUUGAAAUACAUAAGAUGUCGAGAAAUAAUAAGUAACAAGAGAAUAAGUUAAAUGAACUACUGUGCGUUAAGAGAAAUACAAAUGUAGACAAGUCGUUGAAAACUGAAAAAGUCCAUAAAAGAGGGUAAAAUUAUAAUGUAUGAUUAUAAAACAUCACAGAAAUAUAUUUCAAAAAGAAAACAACUAGAAGAGGAGAGUGCUAAUUCAAAAUGGUGAAAGUUUGUCAUUGCCUGCAACCGAGUAACGAAUCUUCUCAAGGUCUAAGCAAGACAUAAGGUCUUUCAGCCACUGACUGUGAGUGGCUUGGAUUAAUUUUAAAGGUCCUGGUAGGAAUUUUUAGUUUGUGUCAUUUUGGCUUCACCUUGUGGUCAAAGCACUGUUUGCUCAGCUUGUCCUGUACAGGCACGAGUAUUGAUUUAUGAUGAAGAAAUCACAUGCUGACUUUUAACUGGGAAAUGUAUCAUUCAUAUAUUAAAUGUUAGGGACACGAACAUUUAAUUUUAUUAAAUAUGAUACUGUGUUGUAGUGUUAAGCCUGCUGUGAUGAUUUUCUGUGUAGUAUCACUGUAUUGAAUGCAUGUUGUGUUUUCUGUUUUGGACAUUUUGAUAUUAAUGACUGUCUGCUGUGUAUUUCAGGGUCUUUGGUGCUGCUGUCGGACUGAAGCAGCUCAGUGAGGAUGAACAGACUGUCGGUGGGAGACAAAUCUGCUCCCAGCAGGGUCAGUAAUCCAACAGUACUGCAUUUAUUUUUCUGUUCAAGUUAAUGAAUGGGCUUUCUACUUGCUCCAGAGUCUCUGAGCCUGUCAAUGACUUUAUGUACUGUAGAUAUUGAGGUUCUUUGUAACAUGUAGCCCUAACCAUUCAUCUUUUUAUGGAAUCAAAACUGUGAAAUUCACACAUGGGUCAUUGUUGUUGGGUCUACAAUUAUUUGUCUCUGAUUAUGUCUCACACAGCUGAACCGCUGGGUGGAUCCAUCCUUCACUGAUUUCCCCACAGAAAGUUUUUCUGUGCCAGCGAGGAAAAAAGGAGGUCAGAUUUUAAACUCAAAGUGUGAAGCAAAGAGAAGCAGGAAGAGGAAAGGAGACAGUUGCUCAGACUCUUUGAAGUCUUCCCUGCUGAAAGAGUCGACUCACAGGGACCAGGAUGAGCCCUGGGUGGACAGAUAUACCCCUCACUCACAGGUCGCACUUUUACACUUUUCAUUCUAAAUAAAAAAAAAGUUCAAUCUCAGUUUUCUAUAUCAACUCAAAAUACUUGGACUAGUGAUUUUUUUAAUGUACAAACAAUGCAGAAAAGUCCUUCGGUAUGAACAUGGCCCUAUAUGAUUAAAUGCAGAGUUUGGAAAAUGAAGGUGGAAAACUAAAAGAAUGUAGACACCCACAUUAUUAUCAUCUAAUAUAAAAAGACUUCUGUUUUACAAUUUCUUAUAAGUGGGAGAGUUUAAACAUAUUCAUAAAUUUUGCAACAUUAAAUAUAUUUCUUGCCUGACAUAAGCUACAUCGUGAGUUGCAUGGAGUUUAAAUGAGUGAGUUAGAGAUCCAGUUUCAUCUCUACAGAAAAUGGAGUCUUAGGUUAUUUAGACAAUGUAAAUCCUUGACCUGUAUUGGUUUAAUUCGAAACUGGAAAUGUAAAUUUUAAUUCAUACGUUUUGCAAACUGUAAAGGUUUUUGAUUUCCCACUCUAAAUGUCUCUCCGGAAGAAAAAAGCUGCUGUGUAAAAACUCUCUGGAAUAGCCUCAGGGUUUUUUUUUUAAUUCACAGUCAGUGUAGCAACAACAAAGAAUGUACCUGUAAGUGUGUGAAAGAGCUGAAACUCAUGAAAAUAUCCUCUGUGAUAUGGUGUGUAUUUCUGCGGGGACAAAAAAUUCAUGAUUUAACACACACAAGUUUAGCACAAUAUGAGCACACCUUAAAAUCUGAACCUGAUUCAGGCUGUUUUAAGUAGUAGUGACCGUUGGAACACUCUGUCCUCUCAGUCCCUGGCUUGUGCUACCUUGUAAAAAAAAGUAAUUGCAGACUGCCAACGGGCAUCACAUGUUUCUUUGAGGAUAUUACUUCGUUCUGUCUCCCCCUUUCUUCAUGUAUAUCUGUUGAGGGGAUGCAUGAAUAAAACCCAAGAGAACUGAGAUGCACCUCGUGUGUUUUUGUGUAUGCAGGCUGAGCUGGCUGUGCACAAGAAGAAGAUUGAAGAAGUGGAGAACUGGCUGAAUGUUCACACUCAAUCCUCACAGGUACCUGAAGUUUGAGUUUUUUGCUCUAUUUGCUGUGUAUUAUCCCCUGAUUCAGAACCAGACAACUGUUUUUAUCCCAGUGCAUGGCUCUAUUUUUGCAGUCAACCCAGACCAUUUGUAUAUUUUCAAACAACAGCAGACAGGAGGAAGUCAGGGACAAUAAAUAAGUAAUAAGAGCUUUGGCAGAGACGCCCAAAUCACACUGGCACCCUCAUGUGGCCACUUAGAGAGAGGACACACACAAAAACCAAGUACAGCUGGACCAACACUGAAUAAGGAAUACAUAGCUGUGGGAUACUAAGAUAAAAUUUAUUGUACAUUGCAUUUUAACUCUGAAUGAACAGUGCACUAGCUUAAAGAUUACUGGUAAGAACAACAAGUUAUUACAGGUAUUUUCUUUCAUUACAAGCGACAAUCAAAUUUUUACAGCCGUAAAGGUAGAGGAACUGGAGGAUUGACAGUAACAAUUCUUUGUUUUCUGUGAAGUCUGAAAACAGGAUGUGGUCAUUUCAGGAAAUUGUUCUGUUAACUUUUAGGACCACUUGCUCCUUUCUCGAAGAACAUUAGUGUCUCUCCUGGAUUUCAGUUGUUUAUAAGCAGAUAUUGUAAAUUAGAAGUGUGUAGUAUUGACCAAAGAUCCUACCUGGACAUGUUUGGGGAUUUCCUACCAACAAAGAUAACGGACAACAUUUUGCAUUCCUCAAAACUGUCAAAAAAAUGUGUUUGUUAAAAUCUUGUACUCACCUUUUUCCUUUUAAUAAUAUGAGAUGUUGUUAAGAACAUUAAACCCCCCGCAUUAGCAUUAAGCAUUUAAGUUUACAAGUUCAACUCACUAAAUAUAAGAGAAAAAAGUUUUUCAGAAAAAAAGUCAUUAAUUGAGGAGAAUUAAGUAACAAGAAGCAACAGAUAUGUGUCAUACAUAUUUAUUUAUGUAAGAGUAAACAGUCAUGAUUAUGAGUGAAAAGCCGUAAUUAUGAGAAUGAAGUUGAGAAAGACUAAAUUGCAAAUCUACAAGCAAUGACUUAAAUUUAAUACAUUGAAGUUGUAAAAUAAUAAGGAAAACCUCGUAAAUGUUUGACUUUUAGAUUUAUGAGUGAAGUCUUAUAAUUCAAGAAUUGAAUUAUAAGACAGCUGGUAAUAACUAAAAAAUAAAGAAGUUAUCUAGUCGUCAAAAAGGCAGUUGGUGUUCCUCUCCUAAAUUUAGAAGUUUGUCCUUGUAAUGUACAGAAAAGUUAGCCAUUGCUCAAAAAGAAAAAAAAUCAGUGCUGGGCUGAUGGCUGAUGUUUUUAAGAGGUAGUGAAGUCUGAGAUAUUUAGAAUUCAAAUCAGUUCACUGUGGAGGUUUUACCUUUUAGCUGCAGAUUAAAGUUUUUUUUUUUCUGUCUAUUCUUGUCCACAGGGGGGGAUCCUGCUGCUGACAGGACCCUCUGGGUGCGGAAAGACGGCCACAGUCCAGGUUCUGUGUCAAGAGAGGGGCCUUCGGGUUCAGGAAUGGACCAACCCGACAAACACCGACCACUACAGCAACAGUCAGCAAGGUGAGGACCCUGACUGUUUUACUCACCUCUCAGUGUUUUUUUGGACUGACACUUGUAAAGAUAAAGACAAACUCGAUAACCUUACUUGAACUGUCAUGUCUUGUCUGUGUUUGUAUUCAGCUCACUCCUCUGAUUCUGUGUCUUUCUCUCUAAUCAGACUGGAGGAUGAUGGACUUCUCCUCCACCUCCCAGUUAGCCCAGUUUCAGGACUUCCUGCUCAGAGCUAAUAAGUAUAAUUGUCUGAGGAUGAUGAGUGAUGGAGGAGGAUCAGACAGAAAGCUCAUACUGGUUGAGGUAAGACCUUUGCCUGGUGUUUGUAUAAUUGUGUAAUUAUUAUAUCAUUUUAAUAACACACAUCACAGAGUGCUCAGAACAGAAGCUAAGCUACUCACAAAUAUUACCAACCUGCUUUUUUAUGAACCCCUCAGUCUAAAUUCAUGCUCCGAGUGUAUCAGCUCCUCCUUAUCUUGUAUUUUCAUUUUUUUUGUAUCAAUCCAAAACAGCUGGGUUUACAUGAAUGUGAAUUCACUCAUGCAUUAACCCUUUACCUGCUGUCUCCUCAGGAUUUUCCAAACCAGUUUUACAGACAGCCAGGCAGCCUGCACGACAUCCUGAGGUGAGGUCAAAUAAGUUCACUCAAGAAGCCAGGAGGAGUUGUUUUAAUUACACUCAGCUUUGGAGCUACUGCCUAAAGUUAAUAAAAACAAUAGAGCUCCAUCUCAGCAGCUUUACGUUAAUGUGGAAAGAAGAGUGCCCAGAUAUUUGCACUUAAGCAUCAGACCAGAUGAUUUCUACAGGACAGAUCAGUCUUUAUGUGGGGGGAGUUACUUUGUUAAAAUGGAUUAUAUAGCUUUAAAAUGAUUUGAGUUUUAUGUUGCCAAGACAAAUUAUCACAUGUUGAAACCAAAAAAUGAUACUAUUACAGCAACAUGAUUCAAAAAAGCUGGGACAGAAACAACACAACACUGAAAAAGAUGUUUAGAAACAGCUGAAGGAACAUCUUCUAAGUAUGGAGUUUAAUUUGCAACAAAUGAUUUACAUGAGAUUAAGUCUCUGAGAUGCUAUGACAGGAAGAGAUUCACCAAACCGUGGGAGACUUUGUGUACCAAUAGUGCAACAGCUUCAGGAUAAUGUUCCCCAUGAAAAAUUCCAUUGUCUACUGUAAAUGAUAUCUUUGAAAGAUUCAGAGAAUCUGUAGCAAUCUCUGCACAAAAGGGACAAAACCUGGACUGGAUGUUCUUGACACAGAGAUGAAUCUGUUGAGGAAAGGGGGUGUAGUACAAAGGGAAUAGUAAUACUAAAAGAUAACCUCUCAUACUGAAAAAACAAGGGGUGAAAGUCAAAGCCUAUUUUUAAAAACCAAACCAAAUAUAUGAGGGCACUAGCUGAUGCUGUGGAGGAGUUUGAGAAAAUUUUACUGCAAUUCUUUUUAGAUUAAUGAAUCAGUUUGACUAAUGUUUGUCCCUGCUCUGUGUGAAUCUGUGUCUAUGCAGGCGAUUUGUGAAGACGAGUCGGUGUCCUCUGGUGUUCAUCGUGUCAGACAGUCUGAGUGGAGACAGCAGCUCACGCCUUCUUUUCCCCAGAGAGAUCCAGGAGGAGCUGAACCUCUGCUCCAUCAGGUCCAAUACUGUGCCCCCUGCUGGCUGUGACAGAGAUCUUAGCUCCUUAUGCACAGACUGCACAGACCCCUGUCAGACAAAUAUCAGGGGUCUGGAGAGUUACAGAUACUCAACUAAAAUAUUCUGGUUUAUACUCUUUACUUAACUGCAGUCAGAAACAGGAACAGUGAAGAUCGAAGAUCACCUACGUCUAAAAAAGUAGAAACUGGUCUCCCAUGGGGGUUGAUUAGAUCUUAUUCCUGUUUGACCCGUAUAACCGCAUUUCAUCCUCCCUCACAAUAAUCAAACCCACUAAAAUGUAUAACACCAUUCCUUCACAUCAUUGUAUCGUUCAGUAUCACACUGAGUUGCACCGUAUCGAGUCAUUUUGCAUCAUUUGUGGAUGCUCGAGUAUUCGAUUGUAAACAACGUAUUGAGAGGUGUAUCAUACUGGCCUCACACCGGACAUCCCUAACCCUACUGUGCACACAUCAACACGUUAACACACACCUGCAUAGAGUCCAACACACAGUUAGACGUGUCAUCUUGUAAUGAAUUCCUCUUUCUUUACUGUCAUUGUUAAUGUGUGGAUGAAGACAGGUCAAGGUGUAAUAGCCAUAAUAUUCUGUCUGUGUUUAAGUAGUUGGGAUAUUUGGCUUUUCCCAGAGGUAUCACUGACUGACUUUAGUAUCGAGGGAAAACUUAUUCUGGUCUUGUUUUAUGCUUUCUUUGUUUUCAGUUUCAAUCCGGUGGCCCCGACCGCCAUGAUGAAGGUCCUGAGUCGUAUCUCAGCCAUCGAGGCAGGAAAGGUGAGAGGAGGCCCUGCAGGUGAUGACGCACUUUGAUCAAAUUUGACGUGUUCCUCAGUCCUUUUUUUCCCCCAUAAUUCCAAGCAGAGCGGAGGGAGGAGGGGUGUCUCAGACCCAGCAGUAUUGGAGACGCUCUGCUCAGGAAGCUCAGGAGAUAUCCGCAGUGCCAUCAACAGCCUCCAGUUCUCCUCGCUCACAGGUCUGGACUAAAUUCUCAUCCUCCUGACCUUUCCUUCACAGUCAUUGUAGUCCUGUACUGACUGAUCUUCUCUCAUCACUUCAUCUGCUCAGAUUCAUCUCUAGAGCAGAGCCUGUGGAAGGUGAAGAAGGACAAAGCUGGGACCUCUGUGGGUAAAGCUGCCUCCAGAACAAACCGAAGGAAGAAGUCCAAACAGAAGGAGCCGGAGGAGGAGCAGGCCAUCGGAGGGAAAGAUGCCUCUCUGUUCCUGUUCAGAGCUCUAGGAAAGAUCCUGCAUUGUAAACGUGAGUCAGGCCUCAUAAAAAAAGGCUGAAAAAAGAAAAAAGAACUCAGUGUGAAGGCUCCCUUCUGUCUGUCACAUCCAGUACUACUUUUGCUAAUUUUUGAGAGCUGACUCUUUGCAGUGAAACAGUUUGUGUUUGUUUCUCUGUCAUCCUCAUCAGGAGAGAGUAGUGAAGGAUCUGAACCUGCUAAACCUGAGCCUGUUCUCCCAUCUCACCUGUCCCACCAUCACAGAGGAUCAUUACAGGACGACCCCGAGGUACAAACAUGUUCAUAUUCCAAAGCUUAAUCAGGUAACAAACAUGCAUUAACAUUUAACAGAGCUGUGUGCAUUUCUCUGUGUCUCAACAUUUAGCUUGUUGUGGAGCGCUCUCACAUGUCAGGGGAGUUCUUUAACCUGUAUCUACACCAGAACUACCUGGACUUCUUCUCCCAGUUGGAGGAUGUAGAGCGGGCCAGCGAGUACCUGUCUGACGCUGACCUUCUUACUUCUGAUUGGACGGUUAGUCUCUACCUGUUUAUCUAUCACUUAAAAGAAUAAGCCACAGUUUGUGCUGUUCACUGGCUAUCGUAAAUAUGUUGUCUGUGAUCUGUUUGGACCACCCAAAAUGGUUUGGAGCAAGGUUUUAGAAAACUAACGAAAUAAUAAAAACUAAAAUGUCCAAAACAUUUUUCGUUUUUUGUUUUGCUAACAAAAGAGAGAAAAAAUAGUACGACAUACUGACCUCCCGUAAAAUCCACUGGCUUUGUGAAACUGAGGAAAUACUCUGUCUAGAUCCAGUCCUUUAAUAUCUGAGGCAUAAUGUGAUGAUUCAGCAGCAAAUUUAGCUGACUAUGUUAUACAGAGGUGGCUGUCUUUGUUUUGGUCUGUUGACCAAUCAGAGGCUUGUGUAUUAAGUGUGCAUGUUGGAUUAAUUUAAUUAUUGUGUAUUCCAGAGUCGCAGUACCAUGGGGGGUUAUGGGAGUUCAGUGGCCACCAGGGGUCUCCUACACUCCAACUCUCAGCAGGUCUCUGUAGGCUUCAGACCCCUGCACAAACCACACUGGCUGCAGGUGCACAAGAAGGUAACACACAUACAGUACUUACACAUACACACACAUGUUCUGAAUUAAGUGAAAGACUGCCUAAACCCUUUAACCUAGAGCAGAAACAUGGUCUCAAACAUGAAACAUUGGGAAUAUAACAUAACACAGUUCAAAAUUAAAUAUAAGGUUAUAGAGGUUAAUGAGAUGAGCAUUCAAAUGAUGAACCCUUCAUGAUUGAUGUUUGUACAUAGAAGGCAAAGUUUACCAGAGUCAGAUUCCUUGCACAGUGGGUAAAAUAAGUAACACGUUACACAUACUUGCCCAAUAAAGCUGAUUCUGAAAUUCUGUUUUUAAGAAGAUUUUAUAGAGUCUCCUGUUUUGGAAUUAACAUUGUAGAUUAACUUCAAUAAAGUGUAAGGAAAUUAUGAGGGCUCUAUUGUCAGAGUUUUCAAAUGUAUUAUUACAAUACAUGUCUGAACUGAUAGUUAAUGACAUCAAGCAUUCAUCAGAAAAACAACUGUUUGAACUGUAAUAAACAAAAAUAACAUAUUAACACCAGACAGACAUACUCCAGUUGGAUAUUCCACACAGAAGGCUUAAAUUCACACAUUAAGAAAAAGCAAAACAAAUAGGUCACUCACUUGUUUAUCAGUUCAUGUUCAAAUAGAGAUGUUUAUGUUACUAUUAUGCAAAAAGUACAAGUUUUAUAUAAGUACAACAGUAGAUAAACUUAAAAAAGAAAAACUGUCUGGCUGUUUUUGUUGAUUUUGCCGGUGUUAUUGUUUUUGUCUUCGUUUCACUAGCAUCGGGAGAACAGCAUGGCCGCUCAGUCUCUGUUCAGGAGCUUCUGUCUGUCACCUGUCAGUCUGCAGACUCACCUGCUGCCCUAUCUGGCCAAACUUACCAACCCCAUGAGGAACCAAGGUAACACACACUCACACGCACACGCACACACACACACACACACACACACACACACACACACACACACACACACACACACACACACACGUGUUCUGUUUCUGUUUGUCUUCCUGGUUUAUUUUUUUAUUUUGUUUGGUGAGACACAUCAUUCUGCCUUGCUCUGUGCUGCUGUUAUGAAAUCCAAAUGAGCAUUAGUGCCACCUGUAAGAAAAACAAAUCAGAGAAGGUAGAGAUUUUGUUUUGCUUUUGAGAGUUCAUUUAAAAACUCUUGAAAUGAUACUAAAAACUCUCUUCCCUUACUUUAAUUUUUGCAGCAUUGUUUCAUGACUUAAACUGAUUAUCUGAGGAUCUGCUCUGUGUUUCCCUGCCUCAGCUCAGAUUGCUUUCAUUCAGGACGUGGGUCAGAUGUCUCUCAAGAGGGGCCUUACCAGGUAUGGCACACUUACAUCCACCCAUAAUGCACCUGAAAUGAAGUUUUUGUUGUAGGGAGAGAAAAGGAAAUAAACCAGGAUAUGAUCUAAUGAAUCUGAUCCACUUUCUGCAUGUGUGUGUGUGUGUUUGUUUGUGUCUGUGGGUGUGUAUUUGUCCUCUAGAUUAAGUCUGGAGGCUCUGACAGACAAAGAGCUGGCUCAAGUGGAGUCAGAGGAAGAGGAGGAGAAGCAGGAGGGUGGAGAUCAGGGUGCGGGUGAUGAAGCUCUGUCAGCCAGUCAGCCCAAACCGAUGAGUAGCCAGGUGGAGGAGGAGGAGGUGAUCAUAGAGGAGUACAACAGUGACUGACACACACACACACACACACACACACAUACACUGCUGCUCUGUGAUACUGUGACACUGACCACAUUUUUGGUCUGUUUUGAGGACGAUUUAAGUGCUGUGAAAGAAUGACAGGAUUGAGGGGAUUCAUUUGAAGAGGAAAAAAAAGACUAAAAGUUGACCAAAUUCAGCUUUAAUUUUCUUCAAUUUAAAAAAAAAUCCUUCCCCAAGUUCGGACUUUGACCCUCUGUUACUGUCUGAUAGCAGUUUUCUGGUAUUUUGGGUGUUUUUGCGUCACCGAGGAGCGGUCUGUUUUGUUGUUUCAUAGGAUAUAAAUAUGAUGCUCAAACUCCACAGAGUGACAGUUUCAAACAUGUCAGUAUUUAUUUGUUGUUGAUGGGAGUUCAGCACUUGUGUUUUGUACUUCUUUCUGUUUUGUUCCUGCUGUGUCAUAGGAAACUGUCCUGGUCCAAGCGCAGCCUUUACAUGAGGUUUCUUUAAAGUGUUAUUUAAGGAGACACGGUGUAAUCCUGAGUGAGAGUGAGUGAAUAAAAGUGAUGAGUGAACUUUA